AUGGAAUAUAAAUAUCUCAUAUCAAGAGCAGAACUGAUAAAUGUAAAAAUAUUUGAAUGCUUAAGCAGACUAAUAUGUAGUGCUGUAAAGAAAUUUUUUAUCAUUACAGAAACAUUUGUUCAGCCAUUCCAGAAAAAGUACCCAUACUACCACAGGAGGUUUAACCGAGUACCAACAAUUGAUCAGUGUGAUGUAAAUGAAACAGCCUGUAUAUACGAAGCACAGGAACAAUGGAAAAGAGACAAAAUGGUGGACAGUAAAAUUGUAAGAAUAUUAAAAGAUCGUUAUAUAGAUUGUAAUUACUAUGAGGGAGAAGAUGCUCCUGUUAAGUGUGCAUCCAUAGCAGCAGUGAGUGAAGAGGCAGCUACAAACUGGUUUAUAAAAUGUACGUAUUCAUUAUCACUGAACUAGUAUAUAUAUUUGUUU